AAAGAUAGAUUAGCGCUCAUAUUAACUGAUGGCCUUGGACAAAAAGUUCAUAGUUCGUUGUGUAUCUUGAAUAUGCUGGUUGGUGAGUCACAAGAAAUACUAAAUGAGCUUGUCGCAGAUUUAGGAUGGACUCGUGAGUUUCUUUCGUAUGUGAGUGCUCAUUCCAAGUUACCUGUACAUUUACACAAUAUUAGUAUUCAUUAUCAUUUAGUCUGAAGAUUCCAAAUGUAAAUUCCUUCUUUUGUGAAAAGCACAUAUUUAAGAGUACAAUUUUGUGGGUUUCUUCUUUAAUGUGUUCAGACCAGCUCCUCAUAAAAUUUGUGAUCGUUAACUUAAGUUAGUUGGAAGAACAAAUAACGGAUAGAAAUUUAAACUUACAUCAUUGGAGGUAGGCUGACAAUUUUUUAUGCGUCUGAAAUCUAGAAAUUACCCCAUAAAGUGCGAGUAAAAAUGGCAACAUGCGUUAAAAGACACAGUAUUUAUUCCGGAAGCAUUUAGUCCCUCUUUCUAUCGAUCCAGUCGAAUAUGGAAGAUGCUCCUACUCACGGAAUCAUUGGGUUCCUGUAAAGUCUCUCACAACACACAAUCAUUAUUGCUCAUUACGUGAACAAGGUUUCGUUAAGGAAGAGAUAGAUGUCAUGAUACCCGAUUCUAGUAUAUGUACGGCUGAAUGUACUCAACCUACAUCUGAUUGGACAAAUGAUCCAUCUUGGAUUAUGAAUAUGCAGGCAUUUUCCACAGAUAAAUCCCAUCGGUCAUCUAAUAAUUCAUCACAAGAUGUAUCUAAAUUAGAAGUUUUAUCUAUGAUGAGAGAUGCAAAACGACGUCGUCAAAGCUAUAGAGGAAUACAUACUGCAAGAAAAUCUUACACUGAAGUAUUACGUGAAAUUAUAGCACAACAAACUGAAAUGUUGACAGCCAGUCAAGAAUUGUCAGAACAACAGUCUCAAGAUAGAAGAUCUAAUAGUGUAGAAUCACUUUCAAAUCAAACUGAAAAUGUUCAUAAAAGAAGUCACUAUUCACAUAAAUAUAAAACACCGGAUACUUCACGAAUACAACACUAUUCUCCUUCGAAUUCUCCAUCGUCAUCAUCAACAACUCGACGAUAUAAAGAAACUUAUAGAAAUACAUCCAAAUCAACUUUAAAGCAUACACAUCAUCAAUCAUCCAAAUGGAAUGAUAGAAGACAAUCAUCAUCAGCAUUAUCACCAUCAUUAUCAUCAUCUAAACAUAGGACUUCUAGUUCAGAGAUAAACAAAAGUUUUCAUCAUGAUAAUGAUGUUUCUCCGGUACAUCAAAAGUUGAAAAAACACAAAAAACAUUCUAAACAUAAACAUAAAAGUAAGAAGUAAACAUUUCAGUCCUGGUUUUCAUUAUUCUAACAGAAAGAAAUUUGUUUUUGUAUUGGUUGUUUGUAUCCUUCCAUUAAUGUUUAGAAUUGUAAUGGAUCAAUCUCUUAUUGGCAUAUUUGUAUCCUGUGUGGAUUGUCUCAAUAUUGCCAGUAAGUCAUAAGAAUUUUAAGGAGAAAUGGAUGGAGGCUAGCAGUAGAAUCAAGAAUGAUUGUCUUUCGUUCUAUUUGCAACUUGUCCCUGCAUUCCAAAGUUCAUAUUCACUCCUGAACUCGAAUCCAGUACCUUUCGCUUUGAAAUUCAUAAAGUUUCUUUUGACAUAUAUACAUCCUGAGCGGAUUACCUCGAUAUUGCCUUGAGUCUCAGAGUGAAUAUCCAUUCUAAGAUUCAGGUGCAUCCAGAUGACGAGUUCCAAAUAGGCCGAAACGCGCGUCCUGGAUUCUUCUAUUAGCUACCAUCUAACUGUGCUUCAAAUUCAAUCCUAAUUUAUACUGGAGAAUAUGAUCUGAUUCUCUUUAACCACCUAUGACAAUAUCAUCAUGUUCAUUGUAUAUUCAUAUUCUAUUAAAUAAACAUAUUAUUUUCUUAUAUAAAA